CCCUUAAAACCACAGAUAAUAUCCUAAGUUUAAUCUGUAUAUAGCAGUUUCUAACAUAAAGUUAAACAUUUUGUAACCAUGCAUGGCGGCAAUGUUUUGUCUUUUUCUUUUUUUUUUUCACCCUCAAUGGGACGGCUUCAGUGACGUAAUGCUUCUUUCAGCGAAUCACGAGCGUCCCUCAGCGGAAACGCGUGAAGUUAAACGGGGAAGAGUCGUGAAACAUUGAAAUGAAGACAUUAAUUGUUGGAAUUGGAGGAAUGACCAAUGGAGGGAAAUCUACUCUUUCCACAAGUCUUCACCAGAACAUACCCAACAGCUGCAUCAUUGCACAGGAUUCAUAUUUUAAGGAUGAUUCUGUGGUACCAGUGGACAGCAAUGGCUUCAAGCAGUAUGAUGUGCUUGAUGCUCUUCACAUGGACAAGAUGAUGUGCGAGGUCAACUCAUGGAGAUCGAAUCCUGACUCGUUCCUGCAGCAGAAGGGCCUAAAGUCCAAGCUUUCCUCCGCUAAUAAGGAGGUGUACGUUCUGAUAGUGGAAGGUUUCCUCAUUUUCAACUACAGGCCUCUAAAUGAGCUGUUUGACAGAAGGUAUUUUUUGGAAAUACCUUAUGAUGUCUGUAAAAAGAGACGAAGUUCCAGGGUGUACACCCCCCCUGAUCCACCUGGGUACUUUGACAUAUAUGUGUGGCCAAUGUACAAAAUAAACCGCCAAGAGAUGGAGAGCAUUGCGUCAGAAAUAGUGCUCCUGGAUGGUCUGAAACCAAAAGAAGAGAUCCUGGCUGCUGUGUAUCGAGAUAUUAAUCAGCAAAUAAACAGACUCAAGGAGGAAGACUGAGGCAUCAGAGUCUGAUAUGUCAACCAUUUGAAGAUGGAGACAGCUGCUAACCUGAAUCUUAGAAAAGCUCUUCUUUUGGACUUAUGUGUAACAGAAAGGACCAAAUAACAUUUUGUAUUUGUAUUGUGUGAAUGUAUUAAUAUAUAUUUGAUAACUACUAUCCAACAAUCAGCUGCAGUUUUUAAUCAGCCUGUGUAGGUCUCUGCAUGUAACACCAUGUGGUGCUACAAUGGCAGUGGCAGUGACCCACCGAGGCAUGAACGCAGCCCUCCGCAGGUGUCCUGUCAUGUUUAACGCUUGAUCCAUUGGAUCAUUUGAAUUUUAAUGUGGGUCCCCUUCUGAUCCCUACAGAUGCUAAAUCAGAAGGGCACCUUAGGACUUUGGGCUCAGGUCAAUACUUCUUUUUCUUGCUCCUUGAGCUGAUCCUGAGCAGUGUUUUGUGAUGGGGGGCAUUGUAGUGCAGAGGGAGAGUCUUACCCAUGAUGUGAAGUGAUGUCCUUGACCUGCAACAAUGUUAAGAAGGAUGUCAAAAAGUAACAUCAGCAUGAACGUCAGAACCCAUUAUUUCCCAGCAGAACAUGGUACUAUAACACGCUGAACAAUGAUAUUCAGUUUACAAGUCAGUGGUUGGAAUAUUAAAGAUAGUUUUAAAAACUUGAUGAAAACAAAUGGAUCCUGUAUGAUCUGAAAUUGUUUGGCUAAAGAUUGAAUUUGAAUCUCAUGUAUUUGCCAUUAGUAACCAGAUUUUGUCACUUAUUUCUGAAUGUUACAGAUAUUAGCCUUGAUUGUUGUAUCCUAUCAGAGCUCUGCUGUUAUGACGAAAUGAUGUGUAAAGAAGAAAUAGCUCACUAUGCACCUAUUAAUACUGCUGCAGAUGCACAACGGCGUCCCAAGAGACUGUUUGAAAACCAUUCAUGGCAGUUUGUCUACACCUGGUGGCUGAACCUGAUACUUCUGUGGCAUGAACACUGAGUUCAAAACUCAAUGAUCAGCUUCAGAAGAUACUAAAAACAUCUUUGAUUAAAAAAUUAAAUCAAAAAGCUUUUUAGCAGAACAAUUGUAUAUUGUUUAUUAAUCUUCCUGCUUCCUGAAUUUAGUCAAAUUCAAAUUUCUAAUUGCUAAUUUAUCUGAGCAAACAUUUUCUCACCUCAGUUCACUGUUUUCCACUAACCACAAUACCGGUAGUUACUAACAGAAAAUGAUCCAAGUUUAGCUUCUGCACGUAGCACGAACAAUCCUCUAAUUAUCAUACAACAUAGAUCAUAAGAUUUUUUAUUUAUUUAUUUUUUUGUAAAUCAUUAUCUGGAUUUUUAUUUCAUUCCUGUAAUUGUUUUUAAAUGGCACUUAAUGUUUCAUAAUAAAAAGCAAAUGGUCUAAUUUUUCAAUGUAGUAAAACAAUAUUAAACAAAGCUUGUCAAGAGAAAAUGGUGUAGAAAAUGGCUGUAUCAACCCAUUCAAUCUGAAGUAUCCUCUACACAUAAGCUCUAUGUACACUCAUAGGAUGUCCAACCUUGAAGCAAAUGAGCUACACCAACAGACAAUUACACUAGUUAUCACUCCUAUCAGCUAAGAACAGAAAACUGAGACUAGAAUUUACACAGGAUUGCCAAAAUUGGACAAUAGAAGAUUGGAAAAACUUGUCAGGUUUGAUGAGUCUCAAGUUCAGCUGCAGAAUUCAAAUGGUAGGUUCAUAAUGUGGUGUAAACAACACGAGAGCGUGGAUCCAUCCUGCUUUGGAACAACAGUUCAGGUUGGUGGUGGUGGGGUAAUGGUAUGGGGGAUAGUUUCAUGGCACAUUUUGAACCGCUUAGUACCAAAUAAGGAUCAUUUUAACAUCAUGGCCUUCUGUGAGUGUUGUUGCUAAGCAUGUCCAUCCUUUUAUAACCACGUUAUGCCCAUUUUCUGAUGGCUGCUCCCAGCAGGAUAAUUCAGGGAGUUCACUGUACUCCAGUGGUCCCUAGAGUUACCAGAGC